AGAAACAUUCCUGCCCGCUGACUCAUAGCAGAUGUAAGCCUCAGCACUAGAGAAUUUAAUAGCAAAAACAAUCGCAGUCUGGGAAGGGGUCUGGAAUUCUUUGCAUCAGCUUAAGAUUUAACAGCUUUGAGUUCUUUCCAGAGGAUAAAGCUUUGAAAGAAUGAAGACUUCAAUAGUGAUUGAUUUUCUCCUUGCAGUUAGCUUGACAGCUGCCACUAAAAGCUCUGUUCUACAGAACUGUUUUCAAGAGCAGCUACAACUUCAGGCCCAGGUGAGACUUCUGGAACAUCGUGUGAAACAGCAGCAGUUAAAAAUUAUACAGCUUUUAGAGAAGAAAGAGAUACAGUACAGUGACAGAGGAGAUGAAAACAGUGUCAUUGACUUGGGAGGAAAAAGACAGUAUUCAGACUGUGCAGAAAUCUACAGUGAUGGUCACAAGCAAAGUGGAUUUUACAAGAUGAAACCUUCCCACAGUCCUAAUGAAUUCCUGGCCUUCUGUGACAUGUCUGAAGGGGGUGGUUGGACUGUUUUUCAGAGACGUUCUGAUGGCAGCCAGAAUUUCAAUAGAGACUGGGCUGACUAUGAAGAAGGCUUUGGAAAUUUUGUUUUGACUAAUGGUGAAUAUUGGCUUGGAAAUAAGAAUCUUCAUUACUUGACUAAUCAAGGAAACUAUACUUUAAGAAUUGAUCUAAGUGAUUUUGAAGGAGAACGGCGUUAUGCACAAUAUACAAGAUUUGGAGUUGCAGAUGAAAAGCACUCCUAUCAGAUGAGCUGUGGUGAAUACUCUGGUACAGCUGGUGAUUCCCUAACUGGGGGGUUUCAUCCUGAAGUGAAAUGGUGGGCUGAUCAUCGUGGAAUGAAAUUCAGUACUAGAGACAGGGACAAUGACAACUACGAAGGCAAUUGUGCUGAAGAGGAAAAAGCUGGUUGGUGGUUUAACAGGUGUCACUCAGCCAACUUGAACGGUUUGUACUACAAAGGUCCUUAUACUGCAAAGACAGACAAUGGAAUAGUUUGGUAUACUUGGCAUGGGUGGUGGUAUUCUCUGAAAUCUGUUGUAAUGAAGGUCAGACCAACACACUUUGAACCAAAUAUUGUUUGAAUAUUUUAUUAAGAUUCAUCUUCUAGCAAAUGGAUCCAAAGUAAACAGAUGGGCUAUUACCAAUGUUUAUAUAAAUCUAGAGUAAUUCCUCUGUAAUAGUUUUCUGAGAUGUACAUGAGAAGAUAUGAUUUAUGAAUCCAUAUGUACAAAUACUUCUGCUAAUGUGCCUAUAGAAUUAUUUUUUUUUAUGGCAGAGUUUGCCUAGGAAAAAGGAUAUCUUUAUCAACAUGGAGAAUUUGUCUUGAAAGGUAACUAGAAAUCCUUUUACUUUUUUAAUAGAAAAAAAGUAUUGUCAUUAUUAUGUCUCAAAAAUUAAAAUGGAUUGUAUUGCAUCCAAAAAGGCAAUUUAAAUAGAACCUUUAAGUUUAGCUUCCUUGUGGAAAUAGCUUCUUCAGAAUUGUAGCAAUUGGACAGAUCAAUACAAUGGGAAAGACAUACAACAAAGGUGUCAUGAUGGAAGGACUGGCAUGAUAGAAAGGUGCUAUAAAGAAAGGGAAGAAGAUUGCUCAUCCAUAUCAGAAGAUUCCAGGUUUACAGGGAAAGCUUCAUCAAAAAGGGAUCUCCAGAAAGAUCCUUUCCCACUGGCAGAAUCAGCCCUUAAAUGAAGUCUAAGAGGUGCAGCCAGGCUCCAUCCCUCCUGGUCACACAGCUGAAUUGCCUUCAUCUGUGCUCUCAGGACUGACUGGGUCCUUUCCCCAGGUGCUCAACCAGUGGUUCAGGCUGUGACUCGACAGUUCCCAUACAAGAACAAAUCAAGGCUUUAGAAGAAAUUGGUUGUCUGUAAGUUCCUCCAAUUUAUUUUGAACAUGUUUUGUACAUAGCAUGCAUCAAAAGAAUAAAGAAUGAGACAGGAAGCUGGAGGAAGAGAAGGGAUGCCGUCAGCCAAGAAUCAUUUGAAUUCAUAGAGAUGAUCAUAUCACUUCAACCUAACGUUUUUUGAUGGUUAGUAAUUCUGCCAUUCUUCUUUUUGGUAACCAGAUAGAUAUUGUGGACAUUAGUAUACUAACAUCUUUAUCAAAAGACUGACUAUUUUUAAUGUAAGCUAUGCUUUGAGUGUAGACUAUCAUAAUGUAUAGAGGGAAUUAGGUUUCAAAUGCAAUCUAAAAAUCUGGCAUUUAAAGUUUCUUAGUACUUAAGUUCAUAAAACCUUUCUUUUUUUUAUGUAUUUGUUAAUCUCUACAGCUCUGUUUGAGUGCCCUUUUCAGUCACUUCUAAGUUCUUAUGCUUCCAAGUUUCUCCUUUUUCCUCAGUUGUUCUCUUGGCUAUCUGGGCCUUUCCUGUUCUCAAGUUACAGAUCCAUGUUUUCCUUGUACAACAAAAACUGCAAGGGAAACUUUGCCUAGCUAUAGCUUGGGUGCCUAGCACCAAAACUGACUGUAGCAGUCAGUAACAACAAAAACAACUGGUGAAUGUAUGCUGCCAUGGAGAAGAGCAGGCACAUUCUCUAGGAAGCUACCUAAUGAAAUGUAAUUCUGUAACUGGAAGGCAGCCUGGCCUAAGUAUGUGUGCAUAUAUAUGUGCACAUAUAUCUAUAUAUGCAUAUAUUCAGCAUUCAGUAUUAAAUCAUUAUUUUUAAAUCAUGCUACUAUAAAAGGAGAAAGAUUAAUUCCUUGUAAAACCAGGGAUGACAUUAUGUAGAAAUUGUAAAAGCUGGAAAAAUUGGCUCAUUUGGAGAGUAUUAAGACAAAUCGCAUAAUGUUUAAUUGAAAUUAAAGACAGACUUACUAACACGUAUGAAUUGUGCUCAAGUAAUCUGCAGUAAUGCUUUUUGUUUGCUUCAGCAUAAAUUCCUCCUCCUUUACUUAUGAGAAUGUUAAUGAUAUCCUUCAGCUGAUAUAUUUUGAUAUAAAAUUUUAUUCCUUUUCUCUACUGGAUAUCAUAAAAACUAAGGAGGAACAAAUCUUUGCUCAUUUUAAAAUGCAUUUGUAUGUUUGUUUGGACUGGAUAUUCUUCAGAACAAGGACAUCCUACUCUAGCUGUUCGAAAAGCACCUCACAUAUUGCUAGUGGUACACAAAUACAGUAUUUAAUUCCUACCAUCUCUCUGUGGCUUUUCCUUGUGCAGUAGAUCACCUUGGCUAGAUAAAAAACAUGUGAAUGAUGUAAUUCAAAAUGAUCAGAAUUCUCAAAUAUACAAACUCUUUACUUUCAAAGAGUGAGUAUAAACAGCCUGACAUGGGCUGUUAGUAAUUAUUUCCUUAGCAGGUAUAAACUUGUUCUAGGGGAAUCAUUAUUCUUACAAGAUAGCAGAAUAAAGGUGAGGUUGUUGUUGAGGCAUUAGAAGGAACAACAUAGUAACUCCCAAAUAGUUGAAAAUGAAUACAUACCACUUGAUAUAAAUCUUUAACCCUAAAGAAAAAGAAUCAAGAGUAUAACAAGUAAAAUAUAUUGUCCGUGAUGAUUUAAUAAUGAACAAUGUGAUCAGAAGUGCAACUGUAAUAUUUGUUCAAGAGAAAUAUAAUUGUAUUUUCAACUGUCUGUCUCCUUCCAUUUGUUAAACAUUUUGGAGAUCAAAACAAUAAAAGCUGUAAUGUAAAGAGAAUUUAAAUUAAUGGUUAAAGACCCUUUUGUCCUAUAGCACUUCUUUUUAAAUGUCCAGUAUGCACGAAUAAAGAGCUGAGGCACUAAAAUCUGGCCUACUUAUUUACAGUGGAAAUUUUUCUUCAGCUUUGCUGUAUGCGUUCCCAAAACUGUUAUUCCUAACACCAAUUCUUGAACAUCAUUUUUAAGUAUAAUGUUCUGUUCUGUCAAAGGUAUUUUUCAUUGCUUUUAGAAAAAUAGUAUGCUCAGAAAGACAGCUCAAACAACUAUUUGCUAGGUUUAUCAAGUUCCUUUAAUUCUCAUUAGAUCAAAAAGAAUGAAAAUUUAAGUGUGUGUGUGUGUGUAUUUU